AUGAAAGUACUACAGUUCAAUCAAGAUGCCACAUGCUGUGUGGUGGCCGCAUCAUCGCAUCAGAUUUCGAUUUAUAAUUGUGACCCCUUUGGUAAAUGUUUUGAAAUCGAUACCAAGAAUUCGAAAAACAAAAAUUCAAACAACAGUGACAUAGCUGCGACUCCAGAAUCACGAAGUAACGAGGACAGCAUAUUGAUAAGCAGUGGUUCUCGCGACCGUGGCGAUACGGAAGAAGAAGAAGAAGAUAACGAAGAUAAUGCUCUUGUUUCAGGAAAUAUACUCAAAGAAGGAGAGUUUGUCAUUGAAAUGCUAUUUUCAACCAGCCUUAUAGCAAUUGCAGAUAGAGGGCAAGGUUUAAACAAAGGCAAAAAGCUGAAGAUUGUUAACACGAAAAGAAAAUCUACCAUUUGUGAAAUAGUCUUCCCACAUGAAAUAGUCGAUGUGGUUAUGAAUAGGAAACGAAUGUGCGUGCUACUUGAAAGUGACCAAAUCUUUAUCUAUGAUAUAUCUUGCAUGAAGCCAUUGGAAACAAUCGAUCUUUGGGAAGAUCACUAUAAGAGGUCUCAGGCCAAUUCAUGCGUAAAUACUUCAAAUGUCGGUACUUUAGAAGGGGACUCUGCGAAGUUGAACAGGACUGCUAGUAAUUUACUAUCAAAUGCCACACAAAAGGGCACGAAUGGUUCUAAUCCUAGCGUGAGAAGCAGAAGAAACUCUUUGAGAAGUAGAAUAAGGCCAAGAAUGGUUUUGAGUAACGAUGAUAGAAGUAUAUUGUGCUUUACUGCAUACAGCUCCCCUAAGAAGAACAAACCCAACUCAGAAGCGUUGUAUGAUGUGGUAGUCUAUGAUACCCUGAAUGUGACGCCGAUUAACUACUUGAAUUCUGUACAUAAGGGGAAUAUAGCUUGUUUAGCGGUGAGUCAUGAUGGCAAAUUGCUUGCGACUGCCUCGGAUAAGGGAACUAUCAUAAGGGUGUUUCAUACUGGGGUAGAUUCUGAUUAUAUGUCUUCGAGAUCGUUGUUUAAAGAAUUUAGGCGCGGUACCAGAUUAUGCAAUUUGUAUCAGCUGGUUUUCGAUAAGAGUAUGACCAUGAUUGGAUGUGUAGGUGAUACAGACACUAUUCAUCUUUUCAAGCUUGAUGAAAUGGCUAACAGCCUUACCGGAGAUGCUUCAGGCAGUGGCCAGUGGAAUGAAGAGGAAGAGAUAUUAGCUGCAAAUUCUAACCCCAGUACAAAAGAGACAUCCAUAUCGAAACCAAGACUUGCAAACUAUUUCUCCAAAAAAAUAAAAUCCUCGAUACCAAACCAAAAUCUGAGUCGUAAUUUCGCUCACAUAUCGGUUAACGAAUCGAACAGAAAUUGUUUAGGGUUUCCUGACGAAUUUCCUAAUCAAGUUUAUGUUGCCUCGGAUGAUGGAACCUUCAGUAUAUAUAGCAUUCCAUCAAGACCUGGUGAAUGCGUUUUAACCAAAAAUAACAAAUUUACAUAA